AAUUUUCAAUCGAGAAACUUCAUAAGAAACUCUAAUAAGAUCUAGUAAAACUCUAAGAGGGUCUGGUAUCAGAUCCCGUUCGCACCUUGGAACAACAUGCGCGCCACGUCACUCUGUUUUGCUCUCACCUUCGCCCUCCUCGGCACGAGCGCCCACGCGAACAGUUCCGACGAGAACAAGUACAUUUGUUUCGACCCGACCAAGUUCACUGCAAGCAAGCAGGUCAUUUUUAACGGGUUUACUCAAUCCUGUGAUCAGUGGAUCGACGCUGCCCAAGGUUCUGGCCAGGUAUUUCACGGCACCACCUUCGACUCGACUUUUGACGCCUCUGCGCAGACAACCACUGUCCAAAAUGGACUAAAAAUGUAUGCUGGGCCGUAUGGCGGGAAUGGGCUAGACUGCUGCAGCGAUGGCAAAUCAGCUGCUUUCAAGAACUACACGUAUUUCUGCCAAGAUCCAAACGAUUGGAUGCCGGACAAGACUUACUCAGGUACUGCAACCGGUGGCGCGACGAUGACAUGCACCGAGUUCGUUGAAAGUAGCAGCGACAUUAAGACUCAAGACUUCACCACAUCUUGGAGCUGCGAUGGAAAGUCUGCUGCGAUCCAAUUAAAUGUUCAGGACCAGGGCGCCUCCAUCAUGGGUUGCUGCGGCUCGACCAAAAAGUCCGCGUGCUCGAAUACCCGUGCUCAUGUGUGCGAGAAUCCAUCCACCUUUCUUCCAUCGCACACCUUCAAAAGCGACGACGGUAUGUUCGAUGGUACCUGCUACACGGCGGUAGGCACAACUAAUACAGAUGCCACCGGCGACUGUUAUGGCUCAGACUUCUCCAAGACGUGGAGCUGCGCCGCUAAAACACCCAGCUGUCAGCUGCGGCUGCUCGAAAUUGCGAGAAAAGGUUGCUGCGGCACAAGCGGCGAACCCGCAUCCGCGUGUCAUGGGCAUUAUUCCGGAGCGGCAUCCUCGCAGCACGUCGGAGUCAUCGCCCUCGUGGCGGCCGUCGCCGUUUUCUUGGCGUAAAAAAUCAAACACCGCGGCGAAGAAACGUCAUCGCGUACGAAUGCAAGUUUUCCUUUUUAAUGAGCGCGACGCAAAAUAAGGCUGGUUAGCCCCG